AAAGAGCACCUCAAGUUCAUCUUCUUCAUCAAUACACUCAAACAUUCACAUUCACAUUCACAACUGAGAAGUUGAAAGCAUCAAAGAGAGGUCAGUAAAGAAGAGAAAAGAAAUCAUAAUCGUGAUGAGUACAUCAAGUGCAAGCAAGGCUAUUGUGGCAGCAAGUGUUGGAGUUGUGGAGGCAUUGAAGGACCAAGGGAUAUGCAGAUGGAACUCUGCUUUAAGAUCUGUGCACCAGCAAGCCAAAACCCAACUCAGGUCAUUUUCUCAGGCCAACAACAAGCUCUCAUCUUCUUCUGCUUCAGCUGCUUUCAGUAAAGUCAGAGAUGAGAAGCUGAAGAAAUCAGAGGAGUCUUUGAGGACAGUCAUGUACUUGAGCUGCUGGGGUCCCAACUAAUUCAAUCAGCACAGAGACAGAGAGCAAAAAGAUCAGAUUUUUGUGCAAGCGGUUGCUGAAAUGGAGCUUGAGCAUGAACACAAGGAUGAAACAAGAUGACACAACCCAUGAAAUGGCUCCUUGAGUUUUAUAUAUAUAUAUAUAUAUAUAUAUAUAUAUAUAUUUAUAUAUAUCAAAUGAUCAGGAUAUAUAAACUUGUUGGGUUACAUACUACUGGCAAAGGCAAUCGUUGUAAAUGGCAGACAAUUCAUUCAUGUCUGCUUGCUUGCUUGGGGCAAGUUGAUGUAAAUUAUGGUAUGUUAUGACAAUUACCAUAUAAAGCAAAAGCACACAUAUUUCUGAGCAAUUGAUGCCUUGAUCAUUCUUUUCGA